AUGUCGCGUGAGGUUAGGUCAAAUAUGCGAUUGAUGCGUCCGGGGAUGGCUGUUAUUGUCCUCAGCGGAAAAUAUGCUGGUCGCAAAGCCAUUAUCAUCAAAAAUUACGAUGAUGGUUCAACGCAGAAACCGUAUGGCCAUGCUCUCGUUGUCGGCAUUGACCGUUAUCCCCGUCGUAUUCUGCGGAGAAUGAGUAAAAAGCGGAUCGAGGGCCGCUCCAAGAUAAAGCCAUUCAUAAAAUUGAUCAACUACAAUCAUAUUAUGCCGACUAGGCACACUAUUAACAUUCAAUUCAACACAAGUGUUGUCAAUAAGAACUGCCUAGUUGACAAACCGAAGAAAAGAACAGCUCUUCUGGAGGCUAAGAUGAAGCUCCAAGAAAGGUACCGCACCAACGAAAACCCCUGGCUCUUCCGUAAACUACGAUUCUAG